CUCAGCGGAGAGGCACGGAGCACGAGGGAGGCGCGAGAACGACCUGGCUGGCGGAGAGACUGCGUGCGUGCGUCCGUGGACACCAAGCAAGGCGCGCUGUACUUAUGGACCUAACGGAUAUUUAGCCAUCAUCACAGGGGAAUCGGCAGAAACAGUAUUCCAUGCCUCUCCAUUGCCUGGUCAUUGAUGGGAAACCAACUAGACCGGAUCACCCAUCUCAACUACAGCGAGCUACCCACCGGAGAUCCGGCGGGCAUUGAGAAGGACGAACUGCGGGUCGGCGUGGCUUACUUUUUCUCCGAUGAGGAAGAGGAGCUGGACGACCGCUCACAGUCGGACGGCUACACUAAGGACAACAACAGCCCGAGCAAGGACGGUCCCGUGGCUGUCGACGAAGUCGAGUACUCCGCCUUUUGCUGUCAGGAAUGCAUUUUCUCCAAACUGCGAGAGAACGAAGACCUGAACGUGUGCUCGGUGAAAACUUUGCUUACCAUGUGCAAGCCGGGUGACUUGCUAGAGCUGGUUGGAAAUGCCCAGCCGCCGCACUGGGCAAUAUAUGUGCGGGAGGAUCAGAUCAUCCACCUGCACAAAGGCGAGAUCCGCAAGGACAGCCUCCUGGAAAUUAGCUGUGGGCGGCAGGGCAGGAUUGUGAACAACCGCUAUCGAUACCGGGCGCUGCCCGCGGAGCUGGUUAUGCAGAAUGCCUGUGGACACUUGGGGCUCAGCAGUGCCGAGAUUUGCUGGACGAACUCGGAGAGUUUCGCUGCCUGGUGCCGCUUUGGAAAACGGGAGUUUAAGGCGGGGGGAGAAGCGCAUUCGGCCGAGCAGCGGUAUUUCCUCAAGGUACAUCUGUCCGAGACUACAGUGCACACGCUCAUGUUCCGCAGCCUUGAGGAUUUGAUACGGGAGAGACGGAGGGUGGACGCGAGCGGAAUUCUCAAAGAGCUGUCGCUAGUGAAUGGGAAAGAGUGAUUUCAAAUGCGUAAACCUCGUCUGUUUUCCCCACCUUAUCGAAACCUCUAUGGACCUGUUGGGGACUGUGCAUGCCAACGGUGAGGACUGCCGUGCUGGUCUGACGGCGUACGUGUGGGGGUUUGGUGAUUUAAAUCCAGCUUUUUAAAAGAAGGACAACGCCCCUUGUUUUUAAGUGAGAGGUUCAGGAGUUCAAGCAGAUGCCAUCAAAAGUCACCUUGUACCUUUAAAAAAAAGUAACUACAACACAGACACACACACAGUAUGUCUCGUUCUUCUGAGUAAAGAGAUGAGCGACUCGCAACUGCAUUUUUCAGUGCGCGCUCUGCGGCAAGACACUUGCUUCUUCAGCCCGCGCGCUGCCUGGCGCCUCGUGCUUGACGUUAUUUUUUUUAAUCAUUAUUAUUAACCCCUCCUCGAACGCUGAAGGAUCGGAGCCCAAGGCUCACAACAGAUGAGCUAGCCGCGAGCAUUUUCGGCCAUACCAAGCUUGUCCAACUUCAUCUUAAACUGCUCCACAGACAACACGCGCUGCCCCUCGUUCCUCGAAAUCGUGUCUAUAGAAGCUAUUGUUUUAUAAUCACUAUUUUAUUAUCAUAUUUUGUGUACUGGACAUUCGUUUUUGGGUCAUUGGAGUUCAUAUUUUUGUAUUUGAGUUGAGAAUCAAUAAACCCCCCUUUUGUUGUUUUUUUGUCCUUAAAUAAAUGUAGAUUGCCAUAUGGACAAAA